CCCUGUGCUCAGCUGUUGUGAUGCUACCUUUCCUGCACAGUGCUGUCAGCCACCCCAGUGUUUCUAUUUUAACUCUCUCUGGGGCUAGAUCUUGUGACACAAGGAUCUGGCAUCUCUCCUACGUGCUGGAACAUGGCAUCUCGGGAGGCACAGUGGCUGCAGCUGCUAUAUCAGAGGGUGCCCCUCCUAAGUAGCUAGUAGAAAAGGGACACCCCUAGGACUGCAGUGCAUCAGAACAGGCAUCAUCCCUGCAAAGCAGUGUCUGACCGUGACCAUCUCUGUCUCCUCCAGUCUUUUUUCAGAGUCUGAAGAGAUUGAGACACACUUGCCGGCUUCCCACUGCUCCCCUGCGGCAUCUUGCUUUGGCUUUCAGGUUAACUGAAAUCUGCAAACAUUCCCUGCUGCAAGAAAAAGAGGGUGAUGUCAUCAGAAGAUGAUGCUGGCGGGGAGGCUCCUGGGGGCAGUUUCUGGGAGGCUGGAAACUACAAGCGGACAGUGAAACGUGUGGAUGAUGGGUACCGGCUCUGCAAUGACCUUAUCUCCUGCUUCCAGGAGAGAGCCAAGAUAGAGAAGAACUAUGCCCAGCAGCUAACAGAGUGGUCCCGUAAGUGGAGGACCAAUGUGGAGAGAGGUCCGCAGUAUGGUACUCUGGAAAAGGCCUGGCAUGCCUUCCUGACAGCUGCAGACAAACUGAGUGAAAUUCACUUGGCUGUCCGGAACCACCUGGCUGGUGAAGAUUCAGAUAAGAUCAAGGCCUGGCAGAAGGAGGCCUACCACAAGCAGAUGAUCGGAGGCUUCAAGGAAACAAAGGACGCAGAGGAUGGGUUCCGGAAGGCCCAGAAACCCUGGGUGAAGAAGAUGAAAGAUGUGGAGACUUCUAAGAAAAACUAUCAUGCAGCCAGGAAGGAGGAGAAAACGGCCCAUACAAGGGAGAACCAUGCCAAGGCAGACUCGUCUGUCUCACAGGAGCAGAUGCGCAAGUUGCAAGAGCGUGUAGAGAAGUGCACUCAGGAGGCUGAGAAGUGCAAGGAACAGUAUGAGAAGAUGCUGGAAGAAUUGAAUCGUUACAAUCCCCGCUACAUGGAGGACAUGGAGCAAGUGUUUGAGGGCUGUCAGGAGGCAGAGCGCAAGCGAUUGUGCUUCUUUAAGGAGAUGCUUCUGAAUCUGCACCAGCAUCUCAACCUCUCAACCAGUGAAAGCUUUCAUGCGUUGUAUCGGGAUCUCCACCAAGUCAUCAUGGCUGCAGACAACCAGGAGGACCUGAAGUGGUGGCGCAACACUCAUGGACCGGGCAUGGCGAUGAAUUGGCCUCAGUUUGAGGAAUGGUCCCUCGAAACACAGAGGCAAAUCACCAAGAAGGAGAAGAGUGGCAAGAUGGCUGAUGAUGUCACACUGACCAGCAUUUUGCCUACACGAGAUGGUGUUGUCUCACAGACUCCUCUGCAGACAAGGUUUUCCUAUCAAGAGGAGCAGAACAGUCUCUUCUAUGACACCCUGAAGGCACCAACCCAUGUGAACGGAGGGAAGGAAGACAUUUCGGAGUGGUCAGAUGAGGACACUCCCAAGAAGUGCCUGGAUGCCAACGGGCACGAGGAAGACCUGACGGUGCCAGGUGUACGGGUACGAGCCCUCUAUGAUUACACAGGACAGGAGGCUGAUGAGCUGAGCUUCAAAGCAGGUGAAGAACUAAUGAAGAUUAGUGAGGAAGAUGAGCAGGGCUGGUGCAAGGGCCGACUUCUCACUGGUCAGGUUGGACUCUAUCCUGCUAAUUACGUUGAGAAGGUUGGCUCAUGAUUGCUGCUGCCCUGCCAGUGCCUCACAGCCAUACCAGCAUCUCCUGCACAGGUCACUGGGUCACUCCUGGCCCCAACCCACCUUUGCAGUAUAUCCAGCAGCUUCUGGACUUUAAAGGCACAUAUUCCAUGUAACUAAUGCUUCAUUUUAAACAUCUAGAUCUGUAGGGGUUUUCUAAAAAAUAAACAAGGAUGAAUAAAGACUUUUCUGAGCACUACA